UUCUUCAGUUCGCUCGCGGCUCGCUUUGAUUUCACCACACAUUCAUUCGUGUCGCUCGUUGGCCGCCAUCAGCCAAAGAGAUUUUUAGCAAAUGGACGCGUGUGCUUUCGGACGGAAAAAUUUGGGCUGAUUUUCUUUCGCUCGAGAAGUGUUGAAGGUGUGCGCAAUUCAAGCUAAAUUUGUACGAAAUUUGUUCCCCAGGCCGCGGGGAAUCGAUUCUGACUAAGCAGGAAGAGAAAAAAGUUUCGUCUGAACGGAAGCAGAAAAAAGAGGACAGACAAACAAGAAGAAUCCAACGGCAGUAAGAAAAGGCAGCGGCUGCCAAAAUGAAUGGCGAUUCGAAGGCGCCCCUUCGGACGGUCAAAAAGGUCCAGUUCGGGAUCCUUUCGCCGGACGAAAUCCGUCGGAUGUCGGUGACGGAGGGCGGAAUCCAGUAUGCCGAAACGAUGGAAGGUGGUCGACCGAAGCUGUGCGGUUUGAUGGAUCCCCGACAGGGUGUCAUCGAGCGUACCUCUCGGUGUCAGACAUGUGCCGGCAACAUGACCGAAUGUCCGGGCCAUUUCGGUCACAUCGAUCUGGCCAAGCCGGUUUUCCACAUCGGUUUCGUCACCAAGACCAUCAAGAUCCUGCGCUGCGUUUGCUUCUACUGCUCGAAGAUGUUGGUCGCUCCCAGCAAUCCCAAGAUCAAGGAAAUCGUUAUGAAAUCCAAGGGACAACCCCGCAAACGACUGGCCUACGUUUACGAUCUGUGCAAGGGCAAGAAGAUUUGCGAGGGCGGUGAAGAUAUGGACAUCACAAAAGACGGUGCCGCACCGGAUCCGAACAAAAAGCAAGGCCACGGCGGUUGCGGUCACUAUCAGCCUUCGCUCAGGAGAACCGGAUUGGAUGUGAUUGCCGAAUGGAAGCAUGUCAACGAAGACUCCCAGGAGAAGAAGAUCGCCGUAACGGCCGAACGAGUUUGGGAAAUUCUGAAGCACAUUACCGACGAGGAAUGCUACGUCCUGGGAAUGGAUCCGAAGUUUGCUCGCCCCGAUUGGAUGAUCAUUACUGUUUUACCGGUUCCUCCGCUAGCUGUGAGACCGGCUGUCGUCAUGUUCGGAGCCACAAAGAAUCAGGACGAUUUGACCCACAAGCUGUCGGAUAUCAUCAAGGCCAACAAUGAACUGAAGAAGAACGAAGCGACUGGUGCUGCCGCUCACGUCAUUGCAGAAAACAUCAAGAUGUUGCAGUUCCAUGUGGCCACUCUGGUAGACAACGAUAUGCCCGGUAUGCCAAAAGCCAUGCAAAAGAGUGGAAAGCCCCUGAAGAGUGUCAAAUCUCGCUUGAAGGGCAAGGAAGGUCGUAUUCGUGGUAAUUUGAUGGGAAAGCGUGUGGACUUUUCGGCUCGUACUGUCAUCACUCCGGAUCCCAAUCUCCGUAUCGAUCAGGUCGGUGUCCCUCGCUCGGUUGCACAAAACAUGACCUUCCCCGAAUUGGUCACUCCCUUCAACAUCGACAGAAUGCAAGAACUCGUACGAAGAGGAAACUCUCAAUAUCCCGGCGCAAAAUACAUUGUCCGUGACAAUGGCGAACGAAUUGAUCUACGUUUCCAUCCCAAAUCCAGUGACCUUCAUCUCCAGUGCGGUUACAAAGUGGAGCGGCAUUUGCGUGACGACGAUUUAGUCAUUUUCAACCGUCAGCCCACUCUCCACAAGAUGAGUAUGAUGGGUCAUCGUGUUAAAGUACUCCCCUGGUCCACAUUCCGGAUGAACCUCAGUUGUACCUCACCGUACAACGCCGAUUUUGACGGAGACGAAAUGAAUCUUCACGUGCCGCAGUCCAUGGAAACGCGUGCUGAAAUUGAAAACAUCCAUAUCACCCCCCGGCAGAUCAUUACUCCCCAGGCCAACAAACCCGUCAUGGGUAUUGUGCAGGAUACGCUGACGGCUGUGCGAAAAAUGACCAAACGUGACGUCUUCCUGGAAAAGGAACAGAUGAUGAACCUUCUCAUGUUCUUGCCCACUUGGGAUGGCAAAAUGCCGCAACCUUGCAUCCUCAAACCCAAACCCCUUUGGACAGGAAAGCAAAUCUUCACCCUCAUCAUCCCCGGAAACGUAAACAUGAUCCGUACCCAUUCGACCCAUCCGGACGAGGAGGACGACGGUCCGUACAAAUGGAUCUCCCCCGGAGACACCAAGGUCAUGGUAGAACACGGCGAACUGAUCAUGGGUAUUCUCUGCAAAAAGACUCUCGGUACCUCGGCUGGUUCUCUGCUGCAUAUCGUUUUCCUCGAACUGGGACACGAAAUUGCCGGUCGGUUCUACGGUAACAUUCAGACUGUGGUCAACAACUGGCUGCUGCUCGAAGGCCACAGCAUCGGUAUCGGAGACACCAUUGCCGAUCCUCAGACGUACGCCGAAAUUCAGAGAGCCAUCCGCAAAGCCAAAGAGGAUGUCAUUGGCGUUAUUCAGAAGGCGCACAACAUGGAAUUGGAACCGACCCCCGGUAACACGCUUCGACAGACUUUCGAGAAUCAGGUGAAUCGCAUUCUGAACGACGCUCGUGACAAAACUGGUGGCUCCGCUAAGAAAUCGCUGACUGAAUACAACAACCUCAAGGCUAUGGUGGUUUCCGGUUCCAAGGGAUCUAACAUUAACAUUUCUCAGGUUAUUGCUUGUGUAGGUCAACAGAACGUUGAAGGUAAGCGAAUUCCGUUCGGUUUUCGUAAGCGCACUCUGCCGCACUUCAUCAAGGACGAUUACGGUCCUGAAUCGAGAGGGUUCGUGGAAAAUUCGUACCUUGCCGGACUGACGCCAACCGAGUUCUACUUCCACGCUAUGGGAGGUCGUGAAGGUUUGAUUGAUACUGCUGUAAAGACUGCUGAAACCGGUUAUAUCCAGCGUCGUCUGAUCAAGGCUAUGGAGUCGGUAAUGGUGAAUUACGAUGGAACCGUGCGAAACUCUGUCGGCCAGCUGAUUCAGUUGCGUUACGGCGAGGACGGAUUGUGCGGAGAGACGGUAGAGUUCCAGAAUCUUCCUACGAUCAAGCUGUCGAAUAAGGUGUUUGAGAAGCGUUAUCGCUUCGAUCCGACAAAUGAGAGGAAUCUGCGUCGAGUGUUCAACGAGGAUGUCAUCAAGGAGCUGACCGAGUCACCGGAUGUAAUCCAGGAAAUUGAAGCUGAAUACGAACAGUUACUGCGAGAUCGCGAGGCUCUGAGACAGAUCUUCCCGAACGGUGACUCCAAGGUCGUAUUGCCUUGCAAUUUGCAGCGUAUGAUUUGGAAUGUGCAAAAGAUUUUCCACAUCAACAAGCGAGGCACCACAGAUCUUUCUCCGCUGAAGGUAAUUCACGGAGUAAGAGAUUUGCUAACCAAAUGCGUCAUCGUAGCUGGUACGGAUCGUUUGUCGAAACAGGCCAACGAGAACGCCACGUUGCUGUUCCAGUGUUUGGUUCGAUCAACGCUUUGCACGAAAUAUGUCGCCGAAGAGUUCCGCUUGAAUAAUGAAGCAUUUGAGUGGUUGAUAGGAGAAAUCGAAACCCGUUUCCAACAGGCCCAGUGUAAUCCGGGUGAGAUGGUCGGUGCCUUGGCUGCACAGUCGCUUGGAGAACCCGCUACCCAGAUGACACUGAACACUUUCCAUUUUGCUGGUGUGUCCUCGAAGAACGUAACAUUGGGUGUACCCAGAUUGAAGGAAAUCAUCAAUAUCUCCAAACGACCAAAGGCUCCUUCUCUAACGGUUUUCCUCACGGGUGGCGCUGCUCGUGAUGCCGAAAAGGCCAAGAACGUGCUUUGUCGUUUGGAACAUACCACACUGCGUAAGGUCACGGCCAAUACGGCCAUCUACUAUGAUCCGGACCCACAGCGAACCGUCAUCGCCGAGGAUCAGGAAUUCGUCAACGUUUACUACGAAAUGCCCGAUUUCGAUCCAACUCGUAUUUCGCCGUGGCUGCUGCGUAUUGAACUGGAUCGUAAGCGUAUGACAGAUAAGAAGUUGACUAUGGAACAGAUCGCUGAGAAGAUCAACGCAGGUUUCGGUGACGAUCUGAACUGUAUCUUCAACGACGAUAACGCUGACAAGCUUGUUCUACGCAUCCGUAUCAUGAACGGAGAUGACAGCAAAUUCCAGGAGAACGAAGAGGAAAAUAUGGACAAAAUGGAGGACGACAUGUUCCUGAGGUGUAUCGAAGCGAACAUGCUGUCGGACAUGACGCUGCAAGGAAUUGAAGCCAUCGGAAAGGUGUACAUGCAUUUGCCACAGACCGAUGCCAAGAGAAGGAUUGUCAUCACUCCGGAAGGUGAAUUCAAGGCCAUCGGAGAAUGGUUGCUGGAAACUGACGGUACUGCUAUGAUGAAGGUAUUGAGUGAGCGAGAUGUAGAUCCGGUACGUACGGCUAGUAACGAUAUUUGCGAGAUCUUCCAAGUGCUUGGAAUCGAGGCUGUGCGAAAAUCCGUCGAGAAGGAAAUGAACAACGUUCUGCAGUUCUACGGUCUGUAUGUAAACUAUCGUCAUCUUGCCUUGCUUUGUGACGUCAUGACUGCGAAGGGUCACUUGAUGGCCAUCACACGUCACGGUAUCAACAGACAGGACACCGGUGCUCUGAUGAGAUGUUCCUUCGAAGAAACAGUGGACGUGUUGAACGAUGCCGCUGCCCACGCAGAAGUCGAUCCUAUGAGAGGAGUGUCGGAAAAUAUUAUCAUGGGACAGCUGCCUAGAAUGGGAACUGGCUGUUUCGAUUUGCUACUGGAUGCCGAAAAGUGUAAACUAGGCAUGGAAAUUCCACACACAUCCAUCAUGGGUGGAUCGGGAAUGUUCUUCGGUCCAGGAGCAACACCAAGUAUGAGUCCAGCUAUGACUCCUUGGCAACAAUCGCAGACUCCUGGCUAUUGCGAUUGGUCUCCUUCGGGACCACCAAGUGGAAUGACUCCUGGAGGACCAAGCUUCUCACCGUCUGCACAAUCCGACGUGUCAGGAAUGUCGCCAUUGUGGUCACCAAUGCCAGGUUCACCCAGUUCUCCUGGUCCAUCGAUGUCUCCCUACUUCCCAUCAUCUCCAAGUGCAUCUCCAUCAUACUCUCCGAGCAGUCCUAAUUAUGCUGCUGCGUCACCAGGAGGCGCCUCUCCAGCCUAUUCACCUACAAGCCCCAGCUAUUCGCCUACCAGUCCAACCUAUUCUCCAACAAGCCCACGGUACUCACCAACAAGUCCGAAUUACAGCCCAACGUCACCGCAGUACUCGCCCACAUCUCCAAGCUAUUCGCCGACCUCACCACACUACUCUCCAUCGCAGCCCUACGGUCCUUCAAGCCCUGCGUAUUCUCCAACUUCCCCUUCGUAUUCCCCAACCAGCCCGUACUCACCCACAUCUCCAAGCUAUUCACCAACCUCUCCUGCAUAUUCCCCAACCAGCCCAUCCUAUUCACCAUCCAGCAAUUCCUAUUCCCCAACUUCACCGUCAUACUCUCCAACAUCCCCAAGUUAUUCACCGACCUCUCCCAACUACACUCCUGCAACACCGUCGUACUCUCCGACGAGUCCCAACUACUCUCCUAGCUCGCCGCACUACUCGCCAACCUCUCCAUCCUACUCCCCAUCUUCUCCCAAAUACUCUCCAACAUCUCCAAGCUACUCGCCCACAUCCCCAUCCUACGGCGGAAGCCCACAAUACACCCCCGCCAGUCCACAAUAUUCCCCGACCAGCCCCAAAUACUCUCCAACGUCACCCAGCUAUUCCCCGAGCUCACCGCAGCAUUCGCCUGGUGGUAGCAAUAACUUCAUGAGUAGUUCACCGACCUACUCCCCAUCGGCAACCUACUCGCCGAACAUGUCCUCCUACUCUCCCGGCAGUCAGAAGUAUUCGCCCACCAGUCCGGUCUACACGCCCACCUCGCCGAACUACUCCCCAUCCAGUCCUGCUUUUUCGCCGACCGGGCAGGGCUACAGUCCCUCGAGUCCGGCCAGUCCAACCUACUCGCCGACCAGCCCAUCCUACGAGGACAGCCCAGAUGAUUAAAGGAAUCAUUAGGAGAGCGAUAGGCUGCUGGUCGCAUUUCAUUGCAGAAGGCUUGUGCGGUAUGGGAUGAGUUUGGUAAGGUUAAGGAAACUGCUCCUGAUGUUCUAGUUUGUAAUUAUAUUACUAAACGGCAAAACCAGGAAAGAGCAUUCCAAUUCCCUUUUGUUGCUCUUCCAAUCCUGAUGUUACUUGCUGUAAAACGUAGAACCACUAAGAUGCAAAACAAUAUUUAUAACUCAACGUAAUGUAUAAAUGCAUUUAGGAUUAAACAAUUUGAUGAAUGACGAUUAUUAUCAAAAAUUUGUGUCCUGCAAAAAGUUUAGUGCUUGAUUGCAUACGGAUUUGUUUCAAAACUUUGUCUAAAACAUGCAUUACAGAUGCAGUAAGAUUAUGCUGAAACUUUCUUAAAACACGAAAAAAAUAAUUAUAGAUUUUAUCUGUUGAGUACAGUAAUAAAUAGGUAUUAUCUAAAAAGGUA